GAUGAGAUGAGAUGAUGAUGAUGAUCGUUGAUGGAUAUCGCCCAAAAAUCCUCCUAAUAUGGCAACCAUCUCUUUCCAUGUUAGGAUCUAUUUUUGAAUAUUUCUUCACAUCAUUUUUCUGUGUGUGUGUGUGUGUGUAGGAUUAUUCUGUUUAUUCAUUCGAAUGUUUCAACAUUUGUGAAAUUUUACCAUUCAUCACAUAUAUUCAAAAAUAAACGGCAGCUUUUUUUAAAAAAUAUUUGAUUGUUGAUCUGAACUAUAUCGAGAUGGCCACUCCAAGUCCACAACCACCGCAAACAAAUGGUAAAACUACACCAAAAUUAUUCGAAACAAUUGGAACAUUUGGACGAAAGAAAAAAAUUCGUGAAGCUGAAGCUGCACAAGGAAUCGUUCAAGAAGGAAAACAAGCAAUCGAUGGUAAUGAACAGCAUCCAGUUUUUGAUACAUCACCUGAAAGUUUUGUUCUUGCCGAUGGUGAAGAACGAUCAAUGAUUGAACCAGGAAUGAUUAAUAAUUAUGAUUACCAAGAAUUGAGAAAAAUAUUAAUCAAUUGGAUCAACGAUGAAUUGAGUGAUCAUCGAAUCAUUGUUAAAGAUUUGACCGAAGAUUUAUAUGAUGGUCAAAUUUUGGGCAAACUUGUUGAAAAAUUAAGUGGACAACAAUUGGCCGUCGUUGAAGUGACACAGAAUGAAGAUUUUCAACGUGCAAAACUUAAAAUGGUUCUUGAAACAGCUAAUCGUUUGCUUGGCCUAGACGGACAACGUGUCCGUUGGACUGAUAAAGGAAUUCAUAAUAAAAAUACGGUUGAAAUUAUUCAUUUAUUAGUUGCUUUGAUACGAUUUUAUCGUGCACCAAUUCGUCUGCCACCAAAUGUUCAAAUCAGUAUUUUGAUUAUUCAGAAACUACAAGGUACCCUACAUAAACGUGUUCAAACCGAAUCAUUGACUGAAGCAUAUGAUGAAUUAAGUAAACGUGCUGAACCAAGAGAUGCAUUUGACAUGAUUUUCGAUCAUACACCCGAAAAGGUUCAUUCAAUCAAACAAUCUGUUGCACAUUUCAUUAAUAUGCAUUUAAGUCGAUUGAAUAUUGAAUCAAGUCCACCGGAUGAUAUUGAUCCACAUUCAUUUAGUGAUGGUUUAAAUAUUGUCUUUUUAAUCGGCAUGCUUGAAGGUUAUUUUGUACCGCUUGGCAAUAUUUAUACAACUGCAUCGGUUGAUCCUAUUGCUGAAGCUGUUGGUACAAAAGAAACGGCUUUUAAAAGCCAUAAUUAUAUGGAAUCAUCACCACACCAUAAAUUACACAAUGUUAAUGUGGCAUUAGAAUUACUUGAAGAUGCUGGUAUAAAUUUGCGAAACAAAGUUCGUGCCGAAGAUAUUGUCAAUGCCGAUCUAAAAGCCACACUACGUGUAUUGUUUAUGAUUUUUUCCAAAUAUAAAAAUGUUCGUUAUUGAAUUGAUAAAUUUGCGAUAAA